AUGAAGAGUAACGCCAUUACUGCCGGAGCCGCUGAGAACCCUCGCGGACGGGGACUGGACACCGGACUGUCCGCGCCAUGAGACUCCUCCCCCGCCUGCUUCUGCUUCUCUUGCUCGUGUUCCCCGCCACUGUCUUGCUCCGAGGCGGCCCCACAGGCUCAUUAGCAGUAGCUCAAGAUCUUACAGAGGAUGAAGAAACAGUGGAAGAUUCAGUAAUUGAGGAUGAAGAUGAUGAAGCUGAGGUUGAAGAAGAUGAACCCACAGAUUUGGCAGAAGAUAAAGAGGAAGAAGAUGUAUCUGGUGAACCUGAAGCUUCUCCAAGUGCAGAUACAACUAUUCUGUUUGUAAAAGGAGAAGAUUUUCCAGCAAAUAACAUUGUGAAGUUCCUGGUAGGCUUUACAAACAAGGGUACAGAAGAUUUCAUUGUUGAAUCCUUAGAUGCUUCAUUCCGUUAUCCUCAGGACUACCAGUUUUAUAUCCAGAAUUUCACAGCUCUUCCUCUGAACACUGUAGUGCCACCCCAGAGACAAGCAACUUUUGAGUACUCCUUCAUUCCUGCAGAGCCCAUGGGGGGACGACCCUUUGGUCUAGUCAUCAAUCUCAACUAUAAAGAUUUGAAUGGCAAUGUAUUCCAAGAUGCAGUCUUCAAUCAAACUGUUACAGUUAUUGAAAGAGAAGAUGGGUUAGACGGAGAAACAAUUUUUAUGUAUAUGUUUCUUGCUGGUCUUGGGCUUUUGGUUGUUAUUGGCCUUCAUCAACUCCUGGAGUCUAGAAAGCGCAAGAGACCCAUACAGAAAGUGGAAAUGGGUACAUCAAGUCAAAAUGAUGUUGACAUGAGUUGGAUUCCUCAGGAAACUUUGAAUCAGAUCAAUAAAGCUUCACCAAGAAGGUUGCCCAGGAAACGGGCACAGAAGAGAUCAGUGGGAUCUGAUGAGUAAAUGUUCCUUUGUGCAACAAUUCAGUCUUUACUUAACCUGCCCUAAUGUUUUUCGGCCUGAUGGGAAUUAGUGCAGAGAAGCCAUAUCACCAUAGAAGGCAACUACUACUUAUGUGUGGACUGAGAAAUCAGAGUCUGUGGCGAUAAUAUUGCUGAAAAUGCACUGCAUUCGAUUUUCUAAAGUAACAAACUUGGUUUUUUUAAAACCAUUAAAAUCUGUGUGUGCGUGUGUAUGUAUGUGAGCAGUUGGUCUUACCAGAAUCAUUGUUGAACUGUUGAACUACCUGAAAUAAGCCUUUAGAAUGCUAAAUAUUAUGCUUUUGUCUCUUCUUUUUUGACAUUUUCUGAUUUCUGCCCCCUCAAAACUCAAUGAAUAUUUGCCCAAUACGAUUAUAGAAGUCCUGCCUUGGAUGGUUUUGAAGAGAACAAUGUCUUUAUUUCUUGGAAUGGCUCACAUUUCAAUUGAUGGCACAAAUUAACGUUUUGUUGUUGUUGUAUAACAACUGGUAUUCUAAAGGCACGAGCAGGAGUAGCUGCUUUUAGCAGUAGACUUGUUUUGGUAUUUUGCUGCUGUUUACUAUAAUGCGCACCUUCAGAAAAUUUCCCAAAUGAAUGCGAGGAAUUUGGGGAUCUCUCUAGCAACAAAAUUGUGAAACAUAAAAAUUCUUUUGACUUUGAUAUAUAAAACCUAACCUAUUCACUUUUUUAACAAAAAGAAAACAUUAUAUUUGUGCAAACUGGGUUGGGUUGGCCACUGUUCUACUGUCCCGAAGAUAGCUGGGGAAUAAUUUUAGACCUACUCAAGUUUUUUUUGUUUGUUUGUUUGUUUUUUUAAAUAAUUUUUCUCUCCUUAACAGAUGCAUCCCUUCUUAGGAAAAGUUGCCUUGGUUUACAGACUAAAUGGAAAAUUAAAUUGUAAGGGCAGAGAUAUAUCCCAUUUAAUCCUAAUCUUAAAAAAAAAGAGUUGGAUAUUUUAAAGUUGUUAACCAAUCAUUUCUUACCUAAUAUUUUGGGAGUUUUGGUUGUUGAUACAACCUUUUUUCAGUUAAUCUGAAAAAUUCCAAAAAUUGUGCUUAAGAUCUUAGAACCAAAAUUAAACUGGACUUCAAAAAAAUCUUCUUAGUUAUUCUUGCCUUAGGCAGUCAAUUAAGUUUGGCGUUAUUGUCAGACCAGAUAAAGGGUAAAGUAAAAUAGUGGGAACAAAUAAGAGGCUUUCCCACUCUGUCCUUAAGCCAUAUCUCCCACGUAUAUUUUUUAAGGAAAUGGUGAACGAAACAUUAAAAGCUCUUUAAUUCCUGAUCUCUCUUCAUUUUCAUCUACGGUACAAUGCCCUCACAGACAAAAAGAAAACAAAGUACACACACAAACAAAAUCUUUCUGUUUAAAUUAAACAUCUGAGCCAAAGCCAAUGACAGUAGAAUAGAAGUUAUUGUAUAAUUGUUAAUCAUUUGCAAGUAGAGGCUAAGAUGUCAGAGUAUCUAUAUUGGCAUUGCUGGACUAUAAACUUUCUAUACCUGUAAUAUAUGAAGUGUUUGCGUUUUUAAUUGGGCUGUAUGAUUAGUAGUUUAUUUUGAAAUAGCUCUAUGAGCUCUUGAGUAACUGCAUGGUUUUUUGUUCAGUGUAACAUAGGAAACCCUUCACAUUCUCAAGGAGUAUAUUCCCAAACAUUUUUGUGGUGUUUAAGUUUGUGAAACUGCUAGAAUAUAAUGCAGUAAGGUGUUAACUACAAUUGUAAAUGGCCUCUAGGGGGUCCUAUUGAAUACCUGGUAAUACGUAGGCAGUCGGCAGUUGCAAAACUACACUGAGCUACAGCCUCUUCACUCUUAAGUAAUUUGCCUUAUAUAACAGCCCUUCUACUUCUGAGGUUCAAAUUAGUGACUUCGGAAAUGUAGAAUUUCUUAUUUAUCAUGUCUUAUUUUUUAGUAUAGAUUGGAGACUGUCGAAAACUCUUAAAUGCUCAGAUGCCAGGGGUCUACUAUAGCAUCAGUAUUUAGCAGAAACUAACUCCAUAAUGAAUGGAAUUCAAUUCCACACAUGGUUUGUUCAAGCACACUUAAUAAGUAGCCUAUUUUUUAAAUGUCUUUUUAAAAUGUAAAUAUUUGGAUGAAAAUUUCCUUUGUUUUGAUAUAUUCAUUUGCUACACCAACAUGGUUUCAGAAUUCAUCUUUUGAACAACUUGGUUUCAGAAUAUGUAAAAUGAACUUAAGGAUCUUGUGUAUCACACCUGUCGCCUUGAUGCGUGAGAAUACAUGUGUUCAUAAAGCAUGGAUCUUGC